AUGGAGCAGGUCCGCCUGGGGCCGACCUGUAGUGGUUACUGGUUUUCCUUAUUUUACAGAUGGGGUCGAGGAUUUGGUCUUUUGGGUUCCAUUUUUGGAAAGGAUGGUGUAUUAAACCAGCCAAACAGUGUCUUUGGACUUAUAUUUUAUAUACUACAGUUAUUACUUGGCAUGACAGCAAGUGCAGUUGCAGCUUUAAUCCUCAUGACAUCCUCCAUCGUGUCUGUAGUAGGGUCUUUGUACCUGGCCUACAUUCUGUACUUUGUGCUGAAGGAAUUUUGCAUCAUCUGUGUCAUCACAUAUGUGCUGAACUUCAUACUUCUUAUCAUCAACUACAAACGACUAGUUUACUUGAAUGAGGCGUGGAAACGGCAACUGCAGCCCAAGCAGGACUGACAGCCUGACAAACUCUUAACUGACAGUCCGAAGUCCCUUUUUCCAUUAAGUUAAUUUUGCAGCAUUUUUUUUUUAUUCUUCACAACAGACACUUUCCCUGAGAAUCUUAAACUGAUUUUUUAAAAUCUUGUAAAUUAGAAGGGUAUUUUCUGUGUCAAUCUUCAUUUUAAAUAUGGAUACAAAAAAAAAGCAUACAUCGAGCCAAUCAAAGACAAGCUUUAACUUUACUUUGAAGAUGUUUCUGAAAUAAUAAAAUGUAGCCCUCAGUUGUAAAGUGAGCAACCAUUGCAAGUAAUUCUCCAAUGUGUAUAAAUUCAAUUUCAGGUAUAACAAAUGUGAUCAUGACAUGAAAAUAUUUUAGAAUAGAUACUGUAUUAAGUAUUGCCAUGUUUACAAUAUGUAAUAUGUUUUUAGCCGAUGGAUUUAAACCUAUAGAUUCAACUAGAAUUCAUUUCUGUGAUAUUUGUAAAUAAAGGUAGAAAUAUUGGAUCCAUUCCUGCAGAACUUACUGUACAGUUUAGUUGAAGUGUAGCAAUGAAGAAUUGUCAGCUCAACACUGAAGAAAAAGUGGAAAUAGUUAAGUGCAUACAGAGCAUCUUGUGAAAAGUACUGACAGCUGUGGGUCCAGUAUUGACAGCAAAAAUAAUAGGGUAGUCGGUUCCCUUUCAUCUCCUCCCUCUGCAAGGAAGAAACUCUUUGGACAUCCAAGUCAAACUUGUGUGUAAUCACAAAACUGGAUCAGUUCUACCUUACAGAGUGAGUCAUGUGACCAAACCGUCAAGUCCAAGGCCUUCAGGACACUAAAGAUGAGAAAAUGGGUACAUUUCUUUGGAGAAAAGCUGGAAAUAUUAAUAUGGAAUUUUAAGGUAAAGUCUCUUACAACAUUUAAGUUUUUGUUCGGAUAUUUUUCCUUAACAUUGGUGCCAGUCAACCAAACAGUAUUAUGAAUUUGAAAUAACCAGUAUAAACCCAGUUGCUCCAGAGUAGGAUUGCUCUUGAGUAGCUCUGUGUGUUUCCUCCGUUUCUUUCUGCACUAGCUAAUCGGAUUCUAAUUUAAUUGUUUUAGAGUCAAAUAUUGGAUUUGUAAACUUUAGAGCACACUGCUCAGUUUGCUUAAUUGGGAGGACUACAGGUAGAAAUACCUGAAAGUGAAAUACAGUAAUGUUGUCAGUACUCUAAUAACCACACAAAUGCAGAAGUUUAAAAAGUGAAUUGAAUAAACCCAAAUAAAAUUGUGACAGUAUGUUUCUAUGGUUAACACCUUAUAUCAAAAUGUUAAAAGUGCCUUCUGUCUUAAAUCUCAAACCAAAUAUUUUGUGUGUUGAACUUGGGCAGAAGUGUCCUUCCUUUCUUAGCAUGAAGUAGGUAACUUGCAUUCUAUUUAAAGGUUCUGUAUGAUCAUUUUAUUAGUUAAAUUGAGAAGUAGUAGCAGUAUUGCUUCCAACUUGAUGAAUCACUAUGUUAAAAAUAGACCGUAAUUUAAGUGCUUUAUUUGCCUUUUUGAAAGGAAAGGACAGGCUCUGCUCUGUAAACCGUAUGUGUAGAGUCAGCAACUGUUUCCAACUUACUGUCAUAAUUGAUGCAAUGUAUUCUUCUGGUCCAAGGCAGGUGUAAAGUCUGAAUUGUAAUGAACUAUGAGUGAGUUUAAACCAGUUUUGUUAAAAGAGAGCUUAAUUCAGAUUUCAUCCAGGCUGAUGUUUCCCAUGAAUGUGAAUAUUUCAAUGCCUGUUUUAUUAUGUAUGUAUUGUUCUUAUUUCUGUAGUUAAAGAACUCUAGAAAGCAUCAGUUAGAUGUCUCGUGUUUAUGGAGAAACAAGUCCUAAUGUUGAAGUGAACUGUACAAUGAGGUCCCGUAGCAGUGCUUCCAGUUCCACCGAGCCGUUGACUGGUUCUCUUCUCUAAGCUACAGUGGAAAUGGCUUAACGGUUAAGAUUUCUGUGGUAUACAUAACACUGGUUGUGCUAAAUAAGUUCCUCAUGUCCCAAUUUAAAAGUGGUUUGUUUUUUUUUAUCAUAUUUUGUACCAAUCAGCAGAGUAUAGUUAAAGCUUGUCUUGAUGUUGCCCUCUUGGAAAUAUUUGUCUUCAACUCAAAGAGAAAAUGUGAAAAUGUUCAUCCAGACCCUUCAAGUUUUUCCUUUGUUUUCCUAAGCCUGGGGGAAAACACCACUCUUUCAGUUAUAUUAAAAAAUUGCCACAUUCCUAUGACCCCGAAUUAAUAACGUUUUUCUCACUGAGCGAUGACCAUGUGCUGUCUGAACUAACAGCAUUGUAAUGCCGGUAUCAGUAAGCAACAGAACUUACGGUGUUUGGUGUUUGUGCCCUGGAAGGGUUUCGGCUCCCCUCCACAUCCUCUACAGCACCCCAGAAAAGGAGGAAAACACCAUGUUGUAAAAUUUGAGUAGUAGUAUGACUAGUUUAGACAAUAUUUAAACAUUGCAAAAUUACUAGCUACCAACAUUGAAGAGAUUAGGGAAAAAAUUGAAUUUGUUUUUGCCAGUAAUUCCAUGCUGCUUGUUUUUUGAAAUGAUUCGUAACAAAUGAAGCCUCUUAUUAACUUGAUAGUCACAUCAUUUGAAGAAAUAAGUUGUGGUUACAUGAUAAAUCCUAGGGAGUCUAGGUGGUUUGGAGAACUUCAUUUGGUUUUUUGUUGCAGCUAGUUGCUGUCAGUGAGGGUAAACUUGUGAAAUAACUCAGGUUUAACUAGCUGUGUGCCAGGAAUUACUUUUACUUGAUGUAUGUAGCCUCUCCUUAACUUUUAAAGAGGCAAAAGCAUUGACUAUUUUCAUUCAAAGAGACAAAGAUCUUUUGGUACAAGAGAUCUUUGGACCUACUAGGUAGGAUAGAGGACCAAGACUACAGUGAAAUGAAAAUGAUUUGUUGGCGUUAGUUUGCUUUUAUUUCAUUUAUAUUUACUUUAAAGACUGUCAGCAAAAGUGCAGUUACCUUCAGCAAUUACUUAGUAACUUAGAUUGGUACCACUGCUUGAUACCAGGCACUGCCGACAGAUCUUGAAAAUCAGUGGCAUCAGUGUUAAAUAGAUGCCAACAAGAAACCCACUACCUUUUUUGGUAACCUGUUUGGGAAGGAGCACCUAAUGUGCAGCCUUGUCCUCAUGUGUUUUCCCCCAACAUGCAAACACUGGUAAAACAUCUCUCUAUUCAAACAUGUUAGGCAGCACUUAUGAUUCUUCACUUAUGAGAACUACCCUUCGAUAAAACAAAAGGGGUGUGUGUGGGGGAGUCCAGGCCACUUAAACAUUUUUGACAAAUUAACCCAGAAGAGGUGAAAUGUUUUGUUAUAAAACUGUAUUACGCAUGGCCUAAGUAUGAGGUAUAUGAUCUGUAGAGUAUGUUCCAUCAAAAAUAUUUAUUACUAGUGCUUUAAACUCCAGAGUAAGCAUUCAUUUAAACUGGGGUUCACUGGGCAGACUUCCCCUUUAAUAUAGAUAGGAAUAUUCUUUAUCAGAGAUUAGGACACAGUUUUGCUAACUGGUAAAAACAAAUGUAAAUAUGUAAGAAUGUUUAUUUGUUGCACAUAACUUUUUUGGUAUAAAAUAAAUGUAGAUGUUACCUGUGGAA